CAAAGCAACAACGUGAGGGAUGUGGCCGGCCGUUUGUCUGACUCAUCUUUUUGCAUCCCGCACAAGUAUAAGAGGUGCGAACCAAGGUGGGCUUAACGCAGAAGACAAAAUGUUCUCGCUCGGCUUUCUGUCUACCGUGGCUCUUCUCUGGGUCACGCCGAGCCGUGCAGCAGAGAUCGUCGGCGGCAAAGAAGUGAAGCCCCACUCGCUGCCGUACAUGGCGCUGCUGGUGAGCUCGAAACCCUACUGUGGGGGUGUUCUCAUCCAUCCCCAAUGGGUUCUCACCGCUGCCCAUUGUAAUGAAACAAAGAGCGUGUGGCUGGGUGUACACGCCAUCGACAAAAGUGAGACGGCAUAUCGGCAAAUAAGAAACGUCCAAAUCAAGGUUCCUCAUCCCCGCUAUGAUCGCAAGACAAAGGUCAAUGACCUCAUGCUGCUCAAGCUGGAUAAACCUGUGAAGAAGACCAAGACGGUGAGGAGUUUCAAGGUGCCCAAGAAGGCCAAAGACCCCAAGGCCGGCAGUCGCUGCACGGUGGCCGGUUGGGGCUGGCUGAGCGCCGAGACCAAGAGAAUGUCCAACGUCCUCAUGUCCGCGGCCGUGACCGUGAUUGACAGAAGGACGUGCAACUCUGCCGACUAUUACAACAGAAGGCCGGUCAUCACGGGGGGCAUGAUAUGCGCCGGCUCCAAGGGUCAAAAGGUGGCCGGCACCUGCAAGGGAGACUCGGGAGGGCCGCUGGUGUGCAAAGGAGACCUGGUAGGGAUUACGGCGUUCGGAUCCAUGCCGUGCGGCCUCUUGAAGGGACCCGGAGUCUACAGCUUUCUCUCUGCCGAGCACCUAAAAUGGAUCGGACAAAGCAUAGGUGGAAAUGAAAUGCAACAUCCCUGAGCGUUUCAAUAAAAAUGACAAGACCCA